CUCUUAACAAACAUACCACUAAUCUCAACCCAUCAGAAAGAUAACCAUCAAAAUGCCCACCCACAACAUCUGCCCAGAUGGUGACACAACCCUAACCCUCACAACCACUAACCCCCCCACUAAACUCCUCGUCUCCUCCCACCACCUCAUCACCGCCUCCUCCUACUACCGAACCCUACUAACCGGCCCCUUCAGAGAAGCCACCGCCCUCCGCACCAACGGCUAUGUCAACAUAACCCUCCCCGACGACAACCCCACCGCCAUGCUUGCCGUAAUGAACGCAGUCCACGGACGUUUCUUCUCCGUGCCAGGGCGGAAAAUCAAACUCGAAUUACUCAAGGAUAUCGCGGUGGUCGUGGAUAAGUACGAGUUGUUUGAGAGCGUGAGUACGAUGUUGAGUACAUGGGCUGCUACGGUGAGGGUUGGGAAUCCGAGGGCGUCGUUGAGGGAUAUUGCGAAGUGGUUGUUGUGUGUUAGUUGGGCGUUUAAUAUGAGUGAGGCGUUUCGGUUUGUGACGAAGGAGUUGGUUUUGGAUACAGGGUUGGAUGUGGAGUUGGAGGGGACUUGUGUGCCGUUGAAUGUUGGUGGUGAGUUUCUCUUCCACCCCCCGAAAUGA